AUGGAUGCUUACUCGGUUUCAUAUCAUAGCCCCUCCAACCGCAGCACUUCCCGUAUUUACCAGGAUCUUGAGAAUUGUCGACUCCAGUACAUCCGCGGGACCGGCCGAGACACACUGCUACUCAAAUCACUGACCAUGGAUUCAUUUGCGCGGCGCAAACAAUCCGAGUCAGGGCCCAAACCACACAUCGCCAUUGUCGGCGCUGGCCUCGCCGGUUUGCGCUGUGCCGAUAUCUUAAUUCAAUAUGGCAUGCUGGUGACUAUUAUUGAGGGCCGAACCCGCCUCGGCGGACGUGUAGUUCAAGACAAGCUACCAAAUGGGUACACUGUCGAUUUGGGCCCCAAUUGGAUACACGGCAGUGAAGAUAAUCCCAUACUUGACUUGGCCAAGGAGACAGACACUACUGUUGGUAGCUGGGAUCUACGGUCACACCUGGUUGACGAGACUGGCGUCCUCCUCGACCUAGAGGAGAGCGAAAGAUAUUCAAGCACCAUGUGGGACAUUAUACAAGAUGCGUUCCAGUAUUCAAACAAAUGCUCGGCUACCAUUCAUCCCGAUGAGAGCCUUUGGGACUUUUUCCAGGAAAGGGUGGUUGAGAAAAUACCAGAUACGGAGGAGGAUUACGCCAAGAAGCGCUCCAUUGUUCUUCAAGUUGCUGAAUCCUGGGGUGCCUUCAUUGGAACUCCGGUCCAAACCCAAAGCCUCAAGUUCUUUUGGUUGGAAGAGUGCAUAGACGGCGAAAACCUCUUCUGCGCCGGCACAUAUGAGAAGAUUCUGGAGAGGGUCGCAGAACCGGUAAGGCAUAACGCAGAUAUCAUGUACGAUGCCAGAGUUAUCAAGGUAGAGCUUAAGACGCCGGAACGACCAAAGCCAAGGCUUCAUACUGAUACCGGACACGUCCUUGAGUUUGACGAAAUUGUCAUGACAGCCCCCCUUGGCUGGCUGAAAAAGAAUCUUCAAGCAUUCGACCCGCCUUUGCCAGAGCGGGUCGAACGUGGAAUCAAGGCCAUAGGCUAUGGGUGCCUUGAAAAAGUCUACAUCACUUUCCCUAAGGCGUUCUGGCUCGCUCCAGGCGCGGACGGCCGGGCAGUGCAAGGCUUCUGCCAGUGGUUGGCCCCCAACUACUCGACCAAGUCAAAUCCGAAGCGGUGGAACCAGGAGAUUGUCGACCUCGCCUCACUGGGCGAGCACUCGCACCCAACGCUGCUAUUUUAUACUUUUGGCGAUGAAUCCAAAUACAUUACCGAAGAGGUGGCCAAGUUGAAGACGAUACCGGAGAGAAACUAUUUCCUUUACGAUUUUUUCAGGCCGUACUACUCAAGGCUGCCAGGUUAUGACGAGAAGUCGCCCGAAUGCCGGCCUACCGGAUGUCUGGCUACAGACUGGCUGCGGGACGACCUCGCAGGCAACGGCAGCUAUUGUAACUUCCAGGUGGGACUGGAGGAGGGAGAUAAAGACAUUGAGGCCAUGCGCGAGGGCGUGCCGGAGGGCGGGCUGUGGCUGGCCGGAGAGCACACGGCGCCGUUUGUAGCUUUGGGGACGGCAACGGGCGCCUACUGGAGCGGUGAGAGCGUUGGUAGGAGGGUGGCUGAGGUCUACGGGCGAGCGAGCAGCCACUAG